CUAGUCAGUCAGCUGGCGUUGCCAAUCGAGUACGGAUGCGAGUAGCGGUUGGGCAAAGUGUUCAAAGUGUUUUGGAAUUAAAUUAUUUGUGUGUGGUGUUUUCGCGAGUGUCGUCCGGCGUUCGUUUCGUUGGCACUGUUGCCGCAAUUUGUGUGUGUAAUUGAAUAUAUUUGAGUAAAUAAUAUAAAAAUACAUAAGCAAGUGUUUGAAUUUGCAUUUCUGUGUGUAAAUAAGUGCGCUUAUGAAAUUAUUAUAACCCGAAAAAAUAUUACUAAUAAGAAAAGAGGCAGCAAAGCAAAGCAAACAACGCACAAAAACAUUCUCUACUUGUGAAUUGCCAACAACAACAAGCGCACGUCUGCUGAGUCGUACGUAGGGAGAGCAGCGGAGCGGGAGACAUAAUGGCAACUGCAAAUAUUGCAUCCACUCUGCGCUGCCGCUACCUAUGACAUUUGGUUUCGUACCUUUAUUGCCGCUGCAGUGACAAGCACGUGAGUGUGUGUGUAUGUUUAUAGCUGCUCUACUUAAAAGAAGUAUUUUCUGGAACUCAAAUCAAACAACUCGCACACAUUGAUAUGCCGCCAAAUGUGCUCAUUUUGUGACAAAGAGUGUCAACAUUUAAAAACAACAAUAACUACAAAGAAGCUGAAGAAGCAAAAAUAUAGAUUAAUACAAAAACGAAAAAAAUAAAAAUAAAUAAGCAUAUAAGUAAAAAUUGUGAUAAUUGAAAAAAAAAACUAAAAGUGAGAAAAAAUGACGGUAACCUACACUGCGGAGGUGGCCACAUGUCGGGGUUUUGGCUGCUUUCUGAAAUUAUUGAGCAGAUGGCGUGGCAGUAUCUACAAGCUAGUUUGGCUGGAUCUCAUCGCAUUUCUCUUUCUUUACUACCUACUUAGUAUAGUGUAUCGUUUCUGUUUAGAUGAAUAUCAAAAGACAAUAUUCGAAGGCGUUGCCAAAUAUUGCUACAGUUACAGCGAUCUGAUACCGUUAUCAUUCGUGUUGGGUUUCUAUGUAUCAAUCGUGAUGACACGUUGGUGGAAUCAAUACACCAGCAUACCAUGGCCCGAUCCGAUUGCCGUCUUCGUUAGCUCCAACGUGCACGGACAGGACGAACGUGGACGUGUUAUGCGUCGUACCAUCAUGCGUUAUGUCUGUCUCUGCCUGACGAUGGUAUUGAUUAAUGUGUCGCCGCGCGUAAAGAAACGAUUUCCCGAUUUAACACAUCUUGUGGAUGCCGGUCUUUUGAAUGAUAAUGAGAAGGCGAUCAUCGAGAGUAUGAAUAAGGGUUUCCCACGUCAUUCAAAGCAUUGGUUACCCAUUGUAUGGGCGGCCAGUAUUAUAACAAGAGCACGAAAGGAGGGACGCAUACGUGAUGAUUUUGCGGUGAAAACAAUUAUCGAUGAAUUGAAUAAGUUUCGCGGCCAAUGCGGUCUAUUGAUAUCGUACGAUACGAUCAGUGUGCCGCUCGUGUACACACAAGUGGUCACACUGGCGGUAUACUCGUUCUUUCUCUGCUCGGUUAUGGGUCAACAGUGGACAGAGGAUAAGCAGGCAUUUCAAAAGAUCGAUAUAUAUUUUCCAGUUUUCACAACGUUGCAAUUCUUCUUCUAUAUGGGAUGGCUGAAAGUGGCCGAGUCGCUGAUCAAUCCGUUCGGUGAGGAUGACGAUGAUUUUGAGGUCAACUGGAUGGUGGAUCGUAAUCUGCAGGUCUCCUAUUUAAUUGUCGAUGAAAUGCAUCACGACCAUCCGGAACUCAUCAAGGAUCAAUAUUGGGAUGAAGUGUUCCCUAACGAACUGCCCUACACGGUGGCAUCCGAACGUUUCCGCGAAGAGCAUCCCGAACCGUCAACAGCGAAAAUCGAGGUGUCGAAUAAGGCCGCCAUGCCAACAACAUUGUCGAGCGUGCGCAUCGACGAAAUGGUUGGUAGCAGGGGGUCAACCAAGCGUUUGUCCUUACAUGAGCAAGCUCAAAAUUCAGACCAAACACAGACACCAAUGCAAGCAGUUAAUUAUAAAUUUCCCGAAAUGUCACAAGAAGAGGAGGCCGAUGAUGCCAGCGGCAUACACUUCACAGCCGGCAAUGGCAAAGUGCGACACGGCUCAUCUCCUAGCCUCGCCAGCCUAAGUGGCACUUUGUCCCGCGUCAACACAGUUGCCUCGGCGCUGAAACGUUUCCUUAGUCGUGAUGAGCGUCCCGGCUCUACGACUCCCGUCGAUGAUGGCACACAGAAAAUGCGCUUUCCCGGCAGCGCCAGUUCGGCCAGUCUUACGGGCAAUUUCAGCAUGAAACCUCCCGGUAGUUUGCGCAUCACAGAUCAAGUUAUCGAAGAGGUGGAUGAACAGGCUACGAUCACUUCGCAUCGUGCCAACGAUCAGGUGCGUCCAAAUUUACACGAUAUAUUUCUGCCGGGCUUGACGUCAGCCAGCAACGCUGCGCACUCCGAACCAAUGGAUAUACCGACACGGCCCACUUCGUAUAUGCGUACGCAAUCGACUUACGAGCCAACGCUGUUUCCACCGGGCGGUGUAGAAGCUUUACUCAGCACGUCAGCACCCACGAAUGGCAGUCCACGCAUGGUGCAGACUGUGCCGAAUUCGCCAGCGGAUCCCUCCAGCACCAAAUCGCUCUUCGAUCGACAAGUCACUACGGAGAAGGGCAGUCGCGAGCAGGUAGAACGUCCCCCAGAAGUGCCGCAGGUUUUCAGAUGGUAUUUGUCGACUGUCGAUGACAUGGACACGAAGUCAACCACGGAUGCGCCCGGCGUCGAGGACGAAGGCGACGACUUCGACAAAUUGAAAGCAGCGCGCGAGAAGGAGCGCAUGCAGCGACAACAACAAAAGCUGGCGCGCACUAUCAGCACAGCGCCCGGCAUAGACGGUGGACCGACUGUGGUGCCCGUAGUAGCAGCAGCCAUAAUACCCACCACCGUCGUGCCAGCACCAGCGCCAGCCGUGGCAGCUGCACCGGUGGCGACCACAGCAGCGGCAGCACCAGCCGCGCUGCCAGUGCGUUCACUCUCGACCAUCUCAUCGGGCGAAGAUCUCUCGACAAAUGAUCCGGACGCCAGCGUGGAACCGCUCACCACAUCAACGGCAAAAACUUCGCCGGACAAUGAGGGCUGAACGCCUCACACCUAAGCGGUACAGUGCUCGCUAAAUGUAUGCGAACAAAUUGGUUUCCAUACAAAUAAUUGAUAAAAUGUGCUCAGCAUUUUAUUUCGGCAUUAUUAUUAGACUUAAGUUUAUGGCAUUCAUACACAAAUUUUCGAAUUUGCAAGAACUUAGCUUUUAAGUUGCCUCAAGACCCAAAAAACAAGUAUAGGUUCGCGUCAAGUAAUCGUUUAAGCAGCGUAAAUCGUCGGUAUUAUGCAAUGUUAGUCAACGUGUGUUCUGUCCUUAGCGUGUAGCGUAGCAUAGUUUUGUGCGCAAAGUGUCGGAAAUGUAUACGAAGUUUUACAUUAACUAAAUAUUUUUAUACGAACAAUUCGGGAGUGAGAAAUGUUAUAUAUGUAGGUAUAUAAAAAAUACCAUAAAAUAAUUGGAAAUUUAUGUAAUAUACACCGGUUCAAUUAUAUAACUCAUUAAGAAAUAUUUAUUUCCAAAUUCCAUUUGGUGCUUCUCUUUUAGUGGCAUUAGGCGCAAAUGCUCAGAAAAAUUGCUGAAUCAAACAGUAUGACAAAUAAUAUAUAUUAUAUACAUAUUUACAUCACUGCAAGGCUUUGCUGUUCGUAAAAUUAUAAACAUUGAGCUAAACAUUCUAAGUGAUAUAUUCAAAAGACAUAAUUGAGCUAUUUUUCGAAGCGGUUAUAUGAUUUUUUACUUAGCAGUCUACAUAAAAGUAAUAAAAAUGAAACCUUAACAUAUAUCUAUGUCAAGAAAAUCAAAAAUAUUUACAAUUAUAUAUGUGUAAGUAAUCACCAUUGACGAUAUUAUAAAGCAUUAAAGUAUUUUGUACAGUUUUUUUUGCAAUUUUGCAAAAUGAAUCGGUUGUGUGAGCAUUUGUUUAAGCAAAAAUAUUAAAAAUAUUAAUUGCCUAAUUUUAAUAUUUUAAUUAUGUGAAAAAAAGUUAUCUAACGUAUUAAUUUAAGUUAUUUGUGCUACAAACAAAUAAAAGAAGUAAUCUCUCUAGUAAAUAAAAGAGUUAAUACUUAAAAAGGUAUUUAAAUGUAUAUUGUUUAAGUUGGUUAACGAUCUUACAACUGUAUUUUAUUUUAAAGAAAAAUUUAAUAUUAAACAAAAUUAUUUUGUAUAAAAUAGAGCUUAAAUCAAAUAAAUUUACCGGAAAAUAGAUUUGUUUUAAUUUUAAAUAAAAAAUUAAAGAAAAUAUAAGUAAAACAUUGCUAUUCACUUGGGAGUGGCCAGAAACGAUUCUUUUACAUAUGGCUCAAGCAGCUCACGACAAAAAGAGAGGCAGGAAUUUGUGAGAACGAAAAGCUUGAUAAGCUGGCUGAGGUGAGAACGUAACCGUAAAUAGCAACCGUUUUCGCACUAUGAUAUAAAACAAAAAAUUUAAAUUUGUGCAUAUUUUUAUUUAUUUGGUCGCAAGAGCACCUGACCGCAAGCGGUCGCAUUUAAGGAAGCAGUCAUUAGUCUCAGAACCAAAUUAAGCCUUAUCCAGCAACUCAAUUGAUUUGGUAAAAUAACUAAUUAUUUUUAACCCCUGCUGCACAAUGACUCUUAAAUUGGAGCAUUGGGAGUCGUGGAAUAAAUUCCAUCUCACCCAGCGGGAGACUGGGCAUUCGCAUAAAUAAUGUUCCAGCGUCUCAUCAUUCUCCGCGAAUGCGGAAUAUACAGCAGGUGAGUCCAAUUUUCUGAAUGUGAGAUCUCAAAACUAAGUUCCCUUUUUUUUAGAUGUAGAAGCUUUUUGAUCUGUCCACCAUCAACAUCAACCUUGUUGCUAGUGUUCCAAUAUGUGAGGUGUUCUUCUAGGGUCCAUUGCAGCAAACAACCCUUGAAGGAGCUGAAUGGUCUGGGCUGCCCCUAGCAGGUCAACUUCUCUGUGUUUACUUUUCUUUCUAGCCCAAUAUGACUGAAUACCCAGAUGAUAUCAAUUAUAUUAUUACGUAAUGAGAGACUAAUUAUUGCCUGCAUGCAAAACCUAACGCAGUGAUACUUAAUAUUGGAGCUACAGAGAGCCUUAAUUGCCGCUUGGAUGUCCACUAGAAGCUUUAUGGACUUUCUGGCUAGAGCAGAAGCCGACUUGGCGCCAUUUGUUACACCAACAAUUUAGCCCUGGAAAACUGAAUUAUAGACAUUUAGUUUAAAUCUAUGUUCUGUGUAUAAAUUACCACAAUAGACUCCUCUCUUGUUCCUUUUUCAUGCUUUAAUCCGUUGAUGAAUAUAUUGAUUUUACCAUCGGAACUAUCGAUCACAGAACCAUUGGUUCAUUCUUCUCUACUGGAGAUUCAAAACGUUGUGUUUAAUUCCUAAUGUAUCUCUUUUUCUCGGCCUCAUUGUCAAUUUAGGUGGAGUUCAUUAACAAGAUCGAGUGUUACGUCGAUUCCGGCUUUCAACGUCCUAAAAUUACAAGCGGCCUCGCCCCAAAAAUUGCAUUACUUCAUUUGAAUUUAUAUUGGGCGGCAAUCUCCAUACCCAUUCUCCAGACCCAUUGCACCUCUACCAGGGGAUUAAUGGGGUAAAUUUUUGAUAAUGGCAUCCACCACAUCACUACACCGUAUGUUAAUAUGGAUGAAUGAUAUUUUUAUUAAAACACUAACUGUUAUAGCAAUCAUUAUUCUUCACAUAAUUGUGAGAAAUACUGCUAGUAUGUAAUCAUUGGCCUAGUAAACAAUCGAGUCCGCUCCUUUUCCGUUGACCUCAUUGUCAAGAGAAUAGAACUAGGCCACCUACAUCUCGAGAAAAUAUCUGCUGUCCAAUAAAAUACAGACGUAGAACUAUAAUUGAAACUAUGAAAAAAUGGAAGUGUGAGGAAUUUGAUAUCUGCGCGCAUUUCUUCAACUUCAUUCAACGGCUGAAAGAACAGAAGGCUCGUGGACAAGAAAAUACUUUAGAUUUGUUUCAAUUAAUUGUUAAAUAUACUUUUCGACUUGCUCUUUAGGUAAAACAAUAAAUAAAAUGAUAGAUAAAUGCUUGAUUAUUUUGUAUUUUUGUAUUCUCUCUCGCCUGACCUUUAAAGCCAAAUCUUUAAUGGGAAUUAAUAAAAAUAUUCGAUUAGCUUGAAAAAAUGUAGCAAUGUAUAUGUAACUAAAUUUAAUUGAAAUAAAACCCAAUGUUUUCAUUAUAAUAAAAUUUGGUAGUUUGUCAGCAGAUUUUAUAGGCAUUUUAGCUGUCAAACAAUUUCUCAUAUGGCAACACUAACCUUCAAAAGGCGCGUGUAUAAAUUUGACAGCUGUCGGGUUAUGUGUUUUUGGAUGUGAUAAGGAAUUGUGAAAAAAAUGGAUGAAAGGGAAUUUGGCGUGUUGAUAAAAUAUUGCUUUUUGAAGGGAAAAAAUACAGAUGAAGCCAAAAAUUGGCUUGAUGAAGAAUUUCCGGACAGUGCCCCAGGAAAAUCAACUAUCAAGGAUUGGUAUGCUAAGUUUAGACGUGGUGAAAUGUACACCGAAGACGGAGUAUGCACUGAACGCGCAAAAGAGGCUGUUAACGACAAGAAUUGAGGAGCUUCAAAACAAGACUGUAGUUUGAAGGAGCAUUUUACUUAAUAAAUAUUUAAAUAUAAAUAAAGCGCAUUUACAGAA